AUGGCCAGGCACCCUGCAGGCCUCGCGGCACCCGCCGCGCUGCUCCUCAUCCUGGCGGCGGGCGCCUGGACUGCGCGCGCCGCCAGCGACUGCCCGUACAUGAACACGAGCGAGCCGGUUCCCGCCACAUGGAACUUCCAGCUCAGCGGGCCGCUGGUGGACGACUUCAUGCAGCCAGACAUGAUGGGCAAGGUGCCGGGCUGGCUAACCACCGCUUUCGAGGCCAGCGACCUCUUCACCAUCGAUCCCUCCCUGACGUUUGGAACUUACGAGUACCGAGACCAGGCGGAGGUCACCAGCCCCUACGCCUCCUACGGAGCCAUCUUCAACCUCACCUCUCCGGCUUCAGAGAUAUUCGGGCAGGACGUGAUUGAUGAGCUGAUCCCUAACGAUGAGAUUGGCGUCUUCAAGCGCCAGUUUUUCCACGUCAGCGGCACCGGCUCCCACGUGUCUGCUGUCUUGAGCUUUGUGGACUACGAGGCCUUGAACAUCACCGAGCCCACCACCCUCUCCUCCAACUCCUCCGUCGACUUUGCCUUCUACGUCCUGGGCUGCACAGUCCAGAUCCCUCAGGCAUUCACCUUCUCCACCACGCCGCCGCCCCCCGGCCUCUCCAUCACAGACUACGAGGACGUGGCUGAGCUGCUGCCCAGCUUUGCUACCUGGGUGCCCAGCCCCGACAGCGUGGCCAACACCACCUCUCCUGGGUUUGCCUUCUACCAGUACUGGCCCCUGGUCGUCAAGGCCAGCGGGGAACCCAUCCCCGUCUUUGUCAGGCUCGUCACCACGCUGAACAGCGACAGCCUGGAGGCUGCCAAGCAGGGCGUCAACAGCUCUGGCACCGGUUUCGACAUUUACUGGCUCGCCGGGGACGAGGUGGUGGCCGAGGAGGCGGGGCUGGAGGCAAGUCUGGAGGAGGUGCAUGCCAACCUGGCCGCCGUGCUCAACCGCCUGAACGACACCAUGAACGGGGGUGGAGAUUCCGGCCCCGCCCCCGCCCCCGCCCCCCAGCCCGCCUCCGGCUCUGCCAUCGGCGCCGCCGCCGGUACGCCCAUGCUGAUGGCCCUGGCGCUGGCCACCCUGGCCUUCCUGGCCUAG